AUGCCCCAUGGCAUGAGGCACUACAAUUUCGGUGUAGAGAUUGAGGCUGUGACCAGGCCAUAUGGAAAUUGUGACAGCUUCACCAACGUGGAUUGGUAUCGACAACUGGCGCAAAAGCUGCGCAACAGGGGCAUACAAGCGGUCCACGACGAUUGCUCCAAGUACAGCAAACACCCCGAGUAUUAUGGAGGGAAAUGGUUCGUCACACGCGACGGGUCGCUGAAGCGGCCACGACCAUAUGUGUGCAUGGAGGUUGUAUCCCCAAAGCUUGAUACCAUGCGGGGUGUGAGCCCUAUCAUAUCCGACUUUUGGGAGGCCAUGCGCGUACACUUCAAGCCUCAGGAAGACGUCUCGUGUGGUGGGCAUGUUCAUGUCACGCCCGUCAACCUCAAAAACAAGUUCUCGCUCAGGACUCUCAAGAAGAUUGCCUUUGCAACUGUCGUUUAUGAAGACUACGUUGCAGAAAUCUUGCCCACCACCCGUCGCGACAAUCACUACUGCCGUCUCAACAGCCAGAGCCUCGAUUCCGGGCUGAACAAGACGCUGGGCUGGGGGAAGAGCGUCGGCACGCUGCGCAAGGUGGCUGCUGAGAUUCGAUCCCAGAGCACAAAGGCGGAUUUAUGCCACUACAUGCAAGGCAACCGAUAUGUUCUUUGGAAUUUCCAGAACAUCUAUCCGCACCGCAGGAGGCGGCGGUGUACCGGGACGAUAGAAUUUCGAGGCGGCAACCAAUUUCUCAACACCAAGGGGACACUGGCGUGGGUAGCCUUUGUGCUAGGGUUCAUCACCUUGGCGAAAGAAGAGGAUCUUCUCAACAAUUUCUGUUCCUACGUCUCGCCUACGGAUCCCAGCUGGCCGCGGCGCGUCAAGGACUGGUGGAAGCGCAUCCGAGAAGCGGCCAAGCAGUCACGGAUGAGCAGGCAUUUACCUGCCACAUACGCAGAAAUGCAGACAAAAUAA